UUAAAGUGAAGAUCGGAUCGUCGCCGAUUACCGUGCGCGUGCACAAGAAAGAGAGAGUUAGAGCCACCGGCUUACCGUACGGAUCGCGCCGAGAAUGAAAUUCUUUCUUUGCUUGAUAAAAUACAGCAGCAGCAGUAGUAGUAGCAGCAGUCUUUCGUUGUACAACAGUCUCGAUAAUACAAGAAAACGAGUGGAACGUUUACGGCCAAACGACAGUAAUACCGGCGGCUGCAUCGCCUGAACGAAUUUUUCUCAUCGAUAAACAACAUUUUUCACGCGUUCCGUCUGCUACGGGCAUAACGAAGGAAAUCGACGCCGUUUUUUCUUUCAUUCUUUUUCGUCCUUUUUGUUUAUACAUAGUUUGUCGCUCAGUGCCGCGUAAUAGUUCAGUUUCGCGAGGCUCAUCCAUCAUUCGAGACCGGGCCAAACAGAAUCUACAGACAACGCCAUAUAGAAGAAAAAGAGGCGGGACGCGCCUAAGUUUGUUUUAUUGGUUUAGUUUCUAGCGCGAGGCUCGAACUCGCGCCAAAGUGUGUUCCACAGUGGAGGAUACUAUCUCUCUUUUGGGUUACAACGCUAGGUGGCCGACAGGCGAAAUGCCGGUGCCGGUUUGGGACUGCUCUGACCUGGGCCUGUUAGACGAGCCCCUGGACACUACGACAGUGGUGUCCGACGACAUAUGGAAGAAGUUCGAUCUUCCGGACUUCCUCUCUAUAGAUCAAAGAGUGGACGCCUACUCGGAAAUGUAUUACGAGUGCACCUUCGAUGAUGGCGUGUUGUCGGAUCCGGAGUACGAAAAGACCUGUCUGUCUCGAGAGAUACGUCAUCACGACUGUAUGUGGGCAGGGCUAUGCAUCAGUAAAGAGCACAACAGAACGUUGCCCGCGAAGAAGGACUCGCUGAUACAGAAAAAGGUGCCGGCUGGUCGAAGCGUUUUGAUAUCACGAGCAAACACCGCUUAUAUAGGGACUUCGUUGGCAGUCAAUCAGCAACAGGCCCAGCAACUGUGCCGUGCAAGAAAUCUGGAGAGCGACGGCGAAUCCACUAGGCCGGAAACACCACAAAGCUCCAGCUCCGAUACAGAAACAGAGGACGAAGGUCCGUUCUUUAGACACGACCAGAUCAACAUACACGAGAAAUUAUCCGAGUGUAUAUCAGUACCAGCUACCAAGACUGUACGAGUAAGCCAGAAUAAGCGAAAGACCGGUCGACGUGGCAGAAGGAAAGAGCAGGAUCAGUGUCAAGUGCAUAGAGAGACGAAUAUCAGGAAUACUCUCAGCGACCAUUGCUAUCACUUGAAUCAGUCGUACAGCAAGAAUUUAGAACACCUUGGAGUGCAGACACCUUCCGAUUCCGAGGAGGAAGAGAUCGACGUGGUAAGCUUCGAUAAACCGUGCAGACCAGCGGUUUUACCAACGAAUCCAAGCUUGGCCGACCAGCAACACUUCCAAUUAACAGUUAAUACCGCGUUUAAAGAGAAACCACCGGGUUCGAGACCUCGUGGCCGACCUCCCUCGAACCCAGCGCGGAAAAGAGGAGCUGCCCAGGCCGAGGAGAAGCCAGCGAAACGAGCUCGUCACAGGUCCUGUCAGAGGAGAAACAAGGUAGGACGCACCAUGUCAUCGUCUACGUGCGUAUCAUCUUCACCUUCGAUGAGGUCAAACACAUCGAGAAGUUCCUCGGACGAUGAAUUAGACACUGAGAAGAGGAGAGAACACAACAACAUGGAACGUCAAAGGCGGAUAGAGUUACGAAAUGCGUUCGAAGAGCUACGCGUUCUCGUGCCAGCUGUUGAGAAAAAGGAUAAGGCAGCGAAAGUCGUGAUUCUCAGGCAAGCGACUGCAUAUUGUGCUUCGUUGGUGGCGGACGAAAUAUGCUAUGCAGCCAAGGUGGCGGAAUUGAGGCGGCAACAGGAGAAGCUUCGAGCAUCGCUCAGUUAUCUAAGGAGGAGUCUCGCCAUGACGCGCUGAGAGAGAGAGACUCUGACCGUGUCGGAUUUUGAAUCCCACACGACGAAAUGCCUUGCUCGGAACGUACUUGUCGUUACCCUGGUGGAUCAGUGACAAAUCUUCACUCGGCGUUUCGAGAUCAGACGUGAUUAUUGAAAAUAAAUGCCUUUACGCAAACGAGAAAGACCGUCUACCUUGUCUGUUUGGAUCUGGCUAUCCGUCUUCGGUAGCGCGGCCGUCGAGGGGCAAGGAAGGCACUUCAAACAGCGCGUUCGGCAGAGUCACAAGUGCGCUGUUUGAAGAGACAUAGAAGAGCCUGGUCCAAUCAUCGACAAGAGAAAAAAAAAAAAAACACUGUGUUGUGGUUCUGUGAUUCACUUGGGCGGAUAUGGGUAAACCGAAUCUUUUAAAAUCUGUUUUACCAUAGAAGAAACAAGUAUAUAUGUGUAUAGACGACACUUGCGUAAGAACAAAGAGAAAGUUAGGCCGAAGGGAGAUUCGAAGGGUGGACGAAGGGUGAAUGCGUAUCGAGAACGAAGAAGGAAUACCGUUCGCGUCGAAUCGACAUCAAAUGUUGCAAGAAAUCGAAAGAACCGAUACAAAGAGCUUCGAAAAGAAUAUUUAUACGUAUAUGUAUAUUUGUAGAAAAGAUACUUCGAAUGGCAAGUUACUAAAGAGGGUCGGGCAAUUGAUCGUAGAUCGCUUCGGUCAAAUUCACCAAGUUAUCUAUGACAACGCAAAAUUGAGUUUAGCUAAUUUAGAGAGAAAACGUUAUCGACGAUAGAUCUUCAGUUUUUUGUUUUUUUUCUCUCUCUCUCUUUUUUUGUUAGCACACAUACAUAUUACAUUAAGAAAAAUUCACUAUUUACGAGGUUGAAUCGCCGCGAAUAGAGUCAAUUCUAUUUUAUAUCCUUCGAAUUCUCGAUCAGUGUCAUCUUAACGCGUUAUAGAUUAUCGACUACGACCGGUUUCCGAGCUGGGCAAUGUUUUAUAUAUUUUAGAGAAAAUGUUUUACGUUCAUGAAGAUAUUCGAAACGUUCGACGAGAUCGAACGACGGCCACGUAGUUCGCUAUUUAUCACGCAUUUUUUGCGCGUUUCUGCACGUUUUGUAUAACACGCUCGUAUACACACGAGUUUUUCUUUUUCACGUUAAACAUGCAUUUAGGCGAGUCGAGACAAAUCCGACGAGAGAAAGCCAAAAAUGAACAAGACUACGAUUGUUAUUAAUAAUAGUCUCGACUGUAUUGGAUUUCGAAUCGGCCUCGAAUCGUUCGAUAUCUCGUCGUUGUUUGGAAUUUCGUUCUGCGAUGCGAAAUCCAUGUACGACGGAGGAAAACGAGGCUUAUUAUCGAAACGUUAUCCGAUGUUAGUUGCACCGGUUCCGAACUAACUGGUCUUAGGACGCAUUUCAAAGCUGAACCGGUUUCUAGGUAUAUCUUUCAUUUUUAGGAAAUGAACGAGAAAAAGAAUAAUAUAGAAAAGAAAGAAGAGUGGGAAGCACACGCGGAUUCUUUUUCCAAAACUCGUAUCGAUAAAUCGCGCUAAAGAUACGAAAGAAAUAGCUGGUCGUGAUGCUGCCUGCUUUUUACAUCAGCGAUUUUGUAUCGAAUAGUCGAGAUAAACCUGUUAGUUUGACAGGUUGCCAUUUAAACUUGCACAAGAUAUAUUCGCCUUAUAAUUACGGUACUGGUAUUGUGUCGAAACGAAAUUCGUACAGAUUCACGAAUUAUGGAACGAGUUUUGGCGAUCGAACGAGCGCAAGGCACGAACUACGCGUGUGACUUCAGAACUGUUAUAUUCCUCGCAAUCCUCGCAAUUUUACGUUAUUUGAAAGAUUUCAAGGUAGAAAUUAGAGCAAGUCUCAUUAAUAUUAUCUCAUAUGAUCGAGCAAAACCGUCGAGAUCCCGAAAUCCCGAUGAACGUGUUCCAAAGAGAGGCGUGUUUCGCGUUACGGGUAGGAAACGCGUGUUCGACAAUGCCAUUCAACAUGGAAAAAGAAAAACCAUAGAUGACUGGUCUGUUAACAAUACCUAUUCACAAGUAUCUUCCUUAUCGAAUUUCAUUGUUUUCUCCAUUGCAAUCUCGCGUUGUUUUUUUUUUUUUUUUUUUUUUUAACAGCGUCGCUAAUAGUAGUUACUUACCGAUCGAUUGAUGAUCGCUGUGCGAUCUUUACGUUUUUCGACGUUUCACGCCUUCGAUAGCAUAUGAAUCUAAACGCGUUCUAUAGUAGAGUGAUUGUAUUCUGAGAAUCUUACAAGUAGGCGAAAAAUCGUAUGAGUCACGAAACGUGUAGGUAGAGAGAGACAGUUUGCACCUAGUACAUACGCGUUAUGUAUGUACCGUAGGGCACAGAGAGAAAGUCGUAGACAUACACGCAUACUACAAAGAGAUAAUAUUAGAAAUUUAGUCCGGGUACCUUACACACACAUAUUCCGUUUUUUUGUUACGAAUACAUCAGAUGCAUCUUCAUUUCGGAUCAUUUCGGUACGCGUAACGAUAUUAGCGAAGUUCGGGUUUCGAGUCGAAGUCCUGUCCGUCUUUUGUCUACCUUCUUCCUCGUUCUUCUAAUCCGGCUACGGCGUAAAACGGAUACAAACGCGACAAAAAUCUCGUUAAUGGUAGCUUUCGUCCUUUUCUUCGCGCCUCUGUUUCCUUCUUUCCGCCGAUAUUUCGCGCAGAUAAACACGCCACGGAGAUCGACGAAGCACACCGAUCUUCGUGGGUGAGCGCCUAUUCACGUGCGUUUAGUUUUUAUACGCUAGUGCGUAGAAUUCUUUAAACUGGUGCAAUAACAGACACGAAAGAAUAUUACCUUCGUGGCGGAUCGUUAUUUUGUUGUUAAACGAUCAUCGGUAUUUAAUUUAUCCGAGAAAGGAGUAGACAGGGCGCUGAGAACCCGAGACUAAGGAUCGAAUUGUUCACUUUCUUCUUUUCUAUUAUUUUUCGUUUUUAUAAUACAAACGAUCGAUCCGAUAUCUGUGCUCGUUUUCGACGGCUUUUCUACGGCUGAGAAACGUCGAGUUGGAAAGGAAGAGACGUCAGAUCUCGCGCUACCAAGAGAUUGUAAAGGUCGAUAAAGGUCGAAGAGAAAACUAACCUCGAUUAGCAUGUUUUCAUUUUUUUUUUGUCUUUAGAACUUUUUGUUUUCGUUCGUACAACGGUACACGUUCGCUAAGGUGGAUGCUGAACGGCAACACACGAUUUUAUAACAAGAAGGAAAUCUUUUUUAUCUGAUUAAGAUCCGUGCGGAAUACGCUUUUUAAACGCGUGUAAAUAAUGUACAUACAUAUAUAGGACAAUAUAUAAACAUGCAUAAAUAAUACAUAGUCAUGUAUGCAUGUACAUUGCAAAUUAUAGACAUUGAAGCGUGUAAGUGCGUAAGGUAGAGAGAAAGAAAAAUAGAUCGAGAGGGAGGGACAAAGCUUGGGUGGGAGAAGAAUAAUACUAUUACUACUAAUUAUUAUUAUUAUUAUUAUUAUUAUUAUUAUUAUUAUUAUUAUUAUU